AAAAUUAAAUUCUUACUAAUUAUCAAUUAUAACAACUCAAUAUAAUUAUCACCUCAACAGUUACUAUUUAUCCGUGGAAGUGAUAACUACUUUUAUACGUUGAAAUCGAAACUAAUGGUUGAGACUACUCCGUUACAUCUAGAAAUUCGAUUCUUAAGUCCUAUUUUGAGAUAUGAUCGCACAAGUUGUUCACUGUAGCUGCGUUAACGUCCGAGGCCCAACCGAAAGCAAUCUCUCUCUCAUUCUGAUUGUUUGCUGCAAGGAGUUUGAUCUCUGGAGUUACACAGCUCAAUACAUGAUGAACAGAAGUCUGUAAUACCACUCAAUUCUUAUUCCAAAUCCAAACCUCAACUCCAUGCUGCCAAACACGAUGUAUCUGUAGGACAGGACUCAAGAAAUCGAUGGACCCGUUUGAAGUUGCAUUUGAGGAUGUAGAAGAUUUGUCACCUGAUUCACCCACUGCUGAUCCUAUUCACGUUGAGAAUCAAUUUGUUACACCCACUAACCCAUUAACAUCCCCAGCAUUGGCAGCGUCAACUCGGACUAAUGCAUCCAUGGGCAAUGAUGAAGAUGAGGAUGAAGAGGAAGAGGAGGAGGAGGAUAAUGUGGACAUCAACAGUAGAAACAUUGCAUUCAGGGGGGACCCCAAUAAAUUAGCCAAGACACGGGCUGUCCUAUCACAGUUCACAGAGGAACAAACGGAAAGGUAUGAGUCCUUUCGGAGAUCUCGAUUUAAAAAAUCUGACAUGAGAAAGUUGUUACUGAGCAUCACAGGGAUGAGGACAAUUUCUGAGCCAAUGAUAGUUGCAGUUUCAGCGACAGCAAAAAUGUUUGUUGGUGAUAUUGUUGAGACCGCUAGAAUAGUUAUGACCGAGAGGAAGGAUUCAGGUCCUAUUCGACCUUGUCACAUCAGAGAAGCAUAUAGAAGACUAAAGCUCGAAGGCAAAGUACCAAGGAGAUCAGUGCCGAGGCUCUUCUAGUAGACGAAGCCAGCCACCUGGGCUUUAGUCUCACAUUUGUGAUGAAGUAAAGUACAUCAACUGCAUUUUGCAAAAGCCAGACUUUCGGUCUCUGUGCUUGCGGACAUCUCCCCUUCCAAUACAUACUAGUGAACAAAGUUGAAAUCACAGCUCAAAUCUCUUGUAGUGGUUUAGGGUUCUGGUUAUGAGCAAUGACCAUGACAACUAUGAUUUCUGACUCCUGUCAUUGUUCGUCGGAACUUUUUAGUAAAAUUGACAAAUAUGAUGUUCUGCCCUUUUCAUUGUUACAGACAAAUCCAGGCUCUUGAUCCUUUAGAGCAGUUUUGUACACUUUCAUGCAUUUAUAGCAGCUGAUGUGAUUUUGGCAUACAAGCCCC